AAAUAAAAUCAUAUUUUAUCGUUAAUAUUAUUUCCUUAUACCCAGGACCGAUAUGGGUCCAACAUCGAAUUAAGAGACUAUGUUUCGGAACCGGGGUGAUAAAUACGACUUGAGAGAGCAAAUUGAUCAACUUAUGUAAAUUAUUGAGAAAAAUGUUUAUUCCUUUCGUUCUCUUUCUAUGAGUUCUGCUUCUUAUCACUUUCUUCUAUUUGUGUUUUUCAAUUUCAUUUAGUUCUUAAAUUCGUUUGUAAUUCCAAUGACGAGUUGGUGAAAUAGAUUUGUCGGUUAUUUGAAUUUGAAUUGUGUUGGUUAUAUAUAUUAAAAAAUAAUUAUUAUUAAAGUAAAAACAAAACGAAUAAAAAAAAUUCAGCUGCGUUUUUCACGUUUGUACUUGGUACCAAUACCAUGAAUUUUGUAUAUAAAUACUGAUGAAACUCUGCAAAGUAAAAAACACUCAUCCCAUCAAUGGCUUCUUCUUCUAUUCUAUCUUUGUGUGCUACCAAUAUUCCCUCUUCUUUCUCCAACAAUACCAACUCAUCUUUCUUAUCAAAACCCUCUCAAGUUUUCCUCCACGGAAGGCGUAGUCAAAGUUUCAACGUCUCAUGCAACGCUAAUAACAACUCUAGCGAGCAUGAGAAGAAUAAUGUUGACGAUGUUGUUGAUAGGAGAAAUGUUCUUUUAGGGUUAGGAGGUCUUUAUAGUGCUACUAAUCUUGCACCAUUAGCUACUGCUGCACCCUCACCAUCACCUGAUUUUAAAUCGUGUAGUACAACCACUAUAACUGGUGGUCCAGCAGUUAAAUAUACUUGUUGCCCUCCUCCUCUCCCCAAAGAUACGAGCACCAUUCCAUUUUAUGAGUUCCCUCCUAUGAACAAGCUCCGUAUGCGUUCCCCUGCUCAUCUUGUUGAUGAGGAGUAUAUUGCCAAGUACAAUUUGGCAAUUAGUCGAAUGAAAGCUCUUGAUAAGACGGAACCUGAUAAACCUCUUGGGUUUAAGCAACAAGCUAAUAUACAUUGUGCUUAUUGUAACGGUGCUUAUAACAUUGGAGGCAAAGAGUUACAAGUUCAUAACUCAUGGCUUUUCUUCCCGUUCCAUAGAUGGUACUUAUACUUUUACGAAAGAAUAUUGGGUAAACUGAUUGAUCAUCCAACUUUUGCUUUACCCUAUUGGAAUUGGGAUAAUCCAAAAGGCAUGCGUUUACCUCCCAUGUUCGAUCGUGAAGGGACUUCCCUUUACGAUGAAAGGCGUAAUCCACAAGUCCGUAAUGGAACGGUUAUGGAUCUCGGUACUUUUGGAGACACAGUUGAUACAACUCAACUCUUGUUGCAGACGAAUAACUUAAUUCUUAUGUACCAUCAAAUGGUAUCUAAUGCUCCGUGUCCUCUCUUGUUCUUCGGUGGACGUUACGUUCUCGGGACUAACAUUGAAGCCCCGGGAACCAUUGAAAAAAUCCCUCACAUACCAGUCCACAUUUGGACUGGUACAGUACGAGAUGUAAAUGCGCCUAAAGGUAAACCAAAAUACGGUGAGGAUAUGGGUAAUUUCUACUCAGCUGGUUUAGACCCGGUUUUCUAUUGCCAUCACGGCAAUGUGGACCGAAUGUGGAACGAAUGGAAAACACUAGGAGGGAAAAGAACAGAUCUAGUUACAGAACCAGAUUUGAUGAAUUCAGAGUUCUUUUUCUAUGAUGAAAAUAAAAAACCUUACCUUGUGAAAGUCGGAGACUGUUUGGACACGAAGAAGAUGGGAUACGACUACGUAAAAAGCCCCACUCCAUGGCGUGACUUCAAGCCAAACAAAAAUUAUUCAUCUGGGAAACUAGACACAAGUUCAGUUCCACCAGCAAGCAAAAUAUUCCCAAUUUUCAAACUAGAUGUAAACACAUCAUUUUCCUUGGAUAGACCGGCUUCAUUGAGGACUCAAGUGGAGAAAGAUAAUAAAGAGGAGAUUUUAACUUUCAGCUACAUAAAAUAUGAUAGCAGAGAGUAUAUAAGGUUCGAUGUGUAUCUAAACGCGGAUAAGAAUGUGAAACCAGAGGAUCUUAACCAGACAGAGUAUGCGGAAAGCUAUACUAGCUUGCCGCAUACUCAUAAACCUGGUGAUGAUGAUUAUGUUUCCACUGCUACUUUACAGCUGGCAAUAACAGAACUGUUGAAGGAAAAUGGCUUGGAAAAAGAAGAUAAAAUUGUGGUGACUUUGGUCCCAAGGAAAGGGGGCGAAGGUCUCGCCAUUGGAUGUGUGGAGAUUGCGCUUGUGGAUUGUUAAUUUUGUUUCCAUGCUUCAUCAUUUGUUCCUUGUUUCCCUCAUGUGUUUGAACUCUUUUUAUCUUCCCUAAGAUAUAUAUUUUCUCAACUAUAUUAUAAUUUCCUUAUUCAGUUUGUCUUUUUUUUCUUCCUUUUUUCAUGCUGAAAUUAGCUUGGUGCUUGAAUAAAAAUUUGGUGUGAUUAUGUUAAGAAUAGAAAAAAAUACAAGUGUGAUUAGAUGUGUCAAAUGAGUGGAUUAAUAUCUAAUCACUCGUCCACUUUUAAAUAUUUCAAAAUGUUUAAGCAAGUAAGAUGAUAUUCGAGAAGUUUCAUGAAAAAUACCAGGUCAUACUAAAUUAAUUUGGUAAUUCAAUAUGGUAUUACUCAUAAAUAUAAAAAUGACUAAUCCAUCGGUGACCCUCUAAAGUUGGCACGAUAAUUCACUUAGAAACUUUAAUUAUACGAUGUUCAUUUUAGACAUAUGAUGUAGAGUUUUGUUGUGUCAUAUUAACACUUUUUUUAAUAUCAACAAAAAUACAUAAGGUAUGUAUGUUAUUCUCGCGAAUGAUGUGUAAAGUGACGAAUUAAAUAAUGUCAUAUGUCAUUUGUAUAAAAAGAAGUUAUUAAUUAAUUCUUUUUAAAUAAAAAUAAAAACUAACCAAUGAAUUAAUAACUGUAAAAAUUAUG